UAUCGGACGGAUAGAAGGAGGUUUCACGAAAUCGAGUUUCCAACUUUGUGAGCCCUAAAACUUGCCUUUCGUUCGACGAGAACGAUCGGACGGUGACUGUAAUGGCGGACCAGCCGCAGCAGCAGCAAUCCACUUCGUCGGAGCCUGAGAAAGGUGAGCUCCCAGGUAUCCGUUCUAGGGUUUCGUCUAGGUCUCCCAUGUCCGUGGAGGCGCUACCCGCUCAAAUGGAAUCUCCCUCCGCCUCGUCGCCGUCUCAGAGGGACGAAAUGAUGGCCUGCGUGGUGGCUCUGGAGGCGGCGCUACUUCCUUGCCUCCCUGCUCGUGAGCUCCAGGCUGUUGAUCGUUCCGUCCACUCCUCUCACCAAAUUGAUGUUGAGCGACACGCAAGAGAAUUCAUGGAGGCAGCUAAAAAGCUCCAGUUGUACUUUAUUAGCCUACAGCGUGAAGAUCAACCUACAAGGGAGAAAAUGCUUCGCAAGGAGAUUUCCGCAAUGGAGGAAGAGUUGAAAUCAAAGUCUGAUUUGAUCAAGCAGCAGGAGAAAUUGGUUGAGGAGUGGAGAAAAGAAUUGAAAGAACAACUUCAAAGGCAUAUAACGGAGUUAGAGAGGGUGUAGAAUGGUUUAAAUUAAGAAUUGUAGUUAACAAUGGCAUCCAAGAAAUGCUAUUGUUUGGGUGAUUUGGUUAGUUUCUUAAUCCAUUGGAUUGUUUGGAUUGAACAUUGUGAUUCUGUUAAGUUUUUUAUUCUGCUUGCUUAAUGAGAUUAGAAAUAUAUUUUUGCA